GACCUCAUCCGCGCAGAGAUGAGCACUGAGGACGUCAUCCUCACCCCCGGAUUCACGCUAAUGGAUUCUAUGAGUGCUUUUGAGAUUGGAGAACCAAGGAUGGAUAGUGGCAUGCUACUAGAGCAGGAUAAUACUCGUCCUGCGUUCGAACCUCUGACUCCCUUACUUCCCGAAGAGCUUUGCUGGAUUAUAGACAGAUCUUUUGCAUGUGAAAUGGGAUGGUACGCUGGCAAUAUGCUUUCACAGACAGUAUACACACUACUAUACGUCCAUACACUCCAAGACAUCAACCCCGACCUAUUACCACCGGAGUACCUCUACUCACAGGACUCUACACGCCCCAUGCAGCUCCUUACGAGCGUGCUCCGCCCAGCGGUCUUCGCGAUGUUAAAGGACUGCGAUAUCGUCUGGCGAGAGCUGUCUAAGAAGAGGGUGUACGAUAUGGAAGACUGGCAGAGCGAAAAGUGCGAGGUAACUCUGCUCGAAGGCGUCCCUGUUGACUUCAUCAUCGACAAGCUCGACGGGGCAUACACUUGGCUCCGCAGCACGGACCUCCCGCAGCAGUGGAUCGAUGCUCUUGCGGACAGACUCGCGCUUCGGAAGACAUUGCUGCAGCUAUUCAACACGGGGCAUACUGGCCACCUUGACGACCUCAAGCCUCUGGUUACUAUCGCGCGCAAUAUCCUCCGGAGAGUGCGCGCUCAUCCUCCAGAGACGCCGCCAGCGGACUCGCCUGCCGUGGCUGCGUUCGACCCACACGUUUCCCGACGCCUGCAUACCGUCAUACCGACGCGCGAGUUGGAGCUGUCUCCCCAAGAUUCUGUGUGGGAUAGCCUCGAACGGAUGCUCGAUGGCUGGGAGAACAUUAAUUAUUUACGGGAAAAUCACAGCCUGCUGUCGUGGCAGGUCAACGGCUUGCUUAGCGUUUGGCUACCAGACAGGCCCUUACCAGUAUCCUACCUCCGCUCACUGACGCAACACAUAUUUAUCGAUAAUCAUAUUGUUCUGGGUGACUACGAUGAGGAGUGGCUGAUCGAACGGUUCUUCUGGGAAACUACUGGGACGUCCUACGAGUCGAUAUGCGAAGUACUCAUCAACUCGUGGACGGGUCCUGGAGCACUAGCUCUGCAAGAGAUGGAGUCGCAUAUCAUGGAAGUUGUCCCUACCUACAUCAAAUCCUCCUGGUUCAACCCGCCGCGCAGACGACGAUACCUCAUGAAGGCUGUCCGUGACUGGCAGCUCCUGCAAGAUGCCUUCGGCAAUCUCAUACAGCAUAUAGCCGCAUCCGGCGAAUCUGUUUCCCAAAUAUUGCACUCACUUCCUUUGGUUGUGGCCGUUUGGAAGCUGACAACCGCCCGCGAGAUCAUUCUCACUGGUCUUCAGCAGGAGCUGUAUGCUGCGUACGAGCGUUCAUUAGCCUAUUGGUAUCUUGCCCAGAUACUCGAAAGACACCUAGAGACUCUAGAUCAAUUGAAGCCGAUAAUCCCUCCAGACUCAUACGCACAACACGAAUUGGAAUUCCAGACGCAAUUCCUGACCGUCCUGCAGUCAAUGUCACUCGCUUCAUUUGCCACGAUAUCAAGCGAAAGGCUACCAGAUCCUGAGCGAAUGCGUCUCAACUUCAAGCGUCGCUACAAGUGGCUCUGUUCUCCUAGAGAAGACAAUCCUGAGGCGCUCCUCUUCAACCUCCCUUCAUUACAAGACUUCUAUCAUAGCCUCGAAAACAUAGAAGAAAUAAAGGCGUCGGUUGAAGACCACCUCCGCAUAGCACAGGACGCCCUCGCACACCUAUCGACUGCCAUUCCCAGAACUAGCACUACGGACAAAGGAUACGAAGGUAGAAUAGAGCUCGUCAAGGGUCUGACCCGCAUUAACGAUCAGUUGCUUGAUUUCGUUGGAAAUAAUCACACAGAGUCUGCUAAGUUGCAGUGGAAUCCUAGAUCUCACCCGUGGUUCCCUACUGUCGUUUUGUCAUGAAAUAGAGCAGCUUCUCAGUCAUGAUAGUGAGACGCGAUAGGCGCC